AAUAAGAAUCAUUUGUUAUAAGCGGAAGCUUCCGCGACCUCCCGCUUUAUCCACACCACAGUUAUCUCAAGAAUCUCAAAGACAAAGUGUACUAUCUGAAGAAUAUCAACAACCAAGCAUCUCACCCCAACGCGACAAAAUGCCAGAGCUUCUGCAGCAGAUCCUCGAGACGCUACAGGACUCAAGUAUCGCGGAAAAAGGAGACAAGGACGAACGGAGCAGGUUCUGGGCGACUUACGACCAAGUUGUCAAAGAGCACGAUGGAGAAUUCUUAGAGCGGAACAACAGCGAUAUGGAUAUCGUGCUCAUUUUCUCUGGUCUCUUCUCUGCUGUCAAUACAGCCUUUAUUAUUGCCAUGCAAUCCAACCCCACUACCACUGUGCUCGUUCAAAACACCUCCCAAAAUACUACCGUCUCAUCUUCCACCGCGUCAGAUCCGAAGUCACCCAACGGUACUUGGUUUGAGGGUUUGGCAUAUGUUGCAUUAUCGUUCAGUCUUCUGGCUGCCUUCGGGGCUGUACUCGGCAAACAGUGGCUCAGCCAUUAUAAAUCAACCAAGACUCAUGGUUCCCUUGAGGAUCGCGGAAAGCACAGACAACGAAAGUUAGAUGGGCUGGAGGCAUGGCAUUUUGAUUCCGUACUGCAAUCGUUUCCCGUUUUACUGCAAAUCUCGCUCCUGUUAUUUGCGAUUGCUAUCUCGGCCUUCGUAUGGUCUCAGCAAGGCAAAUUAGCCAUCGCUGUCAUAGUGUCGAUGGCGUUCGGCAUGAUUUUUUACUGCUUCAUCAUCAUCGCUUCCUUAAAAUAUCAGCAGUGUCCUUUUCAAACUCCUAUGUCAAAAAUCAUCCGCGUACUCUGCCAGCGCGUAUACAUGUACGUCAAGACCUGGCGUGGAGAGGCGUCGCCUGACGCUGGAGAGGCCAAGGAGACGCUUUCUGAGGUACCGUCGAUGAAGUGGAUAUUUAAAUCAUCCACGGAUCCGGAAGUAAUCAGUUCGGUCGCUCGGAUGGUGCCUUCUGUCCAAUGGACCUCCGAACUGCAACCCGAACUGCGACCUGAACUGCACAUCCCAAAUAUAUGCUUGCGCUUGUCGAGCACAUUCAAAACGUGCUUUAAUGCUGGUGCCUGGAGCACUUCGACACGCCGAAGAGCCCUCGCGUGCGGGAGAGCCUUGCAUCACCUAUUCUACGAGGCAAAUAUACAGAAAUAUAUUACCCCCAAUGUCAAGCACUUUGAUGGGGCGUCGUCGGAGAUGUGGUCCUACUGGCAAGAUCUCAAUCUUCCCUGGGGACUUAAGAAGUGCAAAGCAUCAUUUGACCAGUACGCCACGACUCCACAUCAAUAUCAUGAAGACGAAGCACGUAAUGCCUUGCGCCUCGCUAUCGUGACUGGCUGCCCAGGGUUUUUACACCCAGACGAUCCUGCAUUGAUCUGGGAUGGAGUUUUCGACUGGGAGGAUGACUCGCGUACUGCAGAAGACUAUGAUUGGCUUGUGGACUUCCUGGUAUACUUCCAGAAGUUCACAACGAGGAACUUCGAUGCCAUGGGAGAUGCGUUUCUCGCAUUGAGUGCCAUGCAGGGUCUGGGAAGUGUCAGCAGACGGGACAAAUACCUUGACGUCAUCAUCUUCGCCAUGGAAGCGGAUAAACCAUCCCGGCUUCGUCACGCAGCCCUUCGAGCUGUAUUCGAUGCACGGCUUGAACUAGUCAAUAUAGUCGACCAGGAGAAGGGAGAAUUUCGGGAAAGGUUGUUAAAGGAACUCACGCCAGCUCUAUUCAUCACAACCAAACCUAUCGCGCCACAGCUACCUGGCUCUAAUGAUCCGGAUGCUGUCUUUAAUCCGAGACGUGACGACUUCUAUCUACGACUCAUUCUCACUCUGGAAAAGCAAAGGGAUUGGCGCGCUCGUUUAGUGCAAGUCGGUCACAUAGAGCGAUGCGCAUCUCUGCUAAGCCACGUCAUCGAGGACUCGAUGUCAUAUGACAUAUCUGGCGCAUCUCAUGCUUACUAUCUUGCAGGUAUAUUGAUACAGAUGUUGGGGCAGGCUAAUCCGGCUGGCACUGCUCUGAACUCUGAAUUUACGAACAAGGAAGGAUCCCGUCUCACUACAAGCCUUGCAGCCACACUUCCUGCAGCCCCAGAGACUCCUACUCCACCGGACUUGCUAGAUAAGAUAUCUGAGAAGGAAUGGUGGGAUCUGAUGAAAGGAGCAUGGAGGGCGAUGCGUUACAAUAACCUUCACCUUGUGCCAGAAGCAGUUGAGGUACUGCCUGGCAUCGUCACGUACACCAUCGGUCUCCUGCAAACACCCAGUGCUCUAUAUGACACGCGGAGUCUCGUUCGAGUGGUGGAUCGGAUAUACGAGGUGCUCGAUAAUGGUGAAGUGAAGUCGGAAGUGAAACGCCUACGGGAUGCGCUGUAACAUAAGGUAGCGUUCAUUACACGCAAGCUUGGUAUCAAUCAGGUUCAGACGAUGUACAGUAUCACUUAGUUUCUCCUAUGCAAACCAAACAGAAGAUAUAUUCUUUGUUGUAAUUAUAUCACUUGUUUUGAACGAGUAGUUCGUGGGCGUUGGUCAUUCAUUUUGAAA